GGGGGGUGGAGGAUACUGAAAGGAUCCUAAAAGAGAGAGAGGGAAGGACGGGCGCGGGUUCGGGGUGAGGGACGCGGGAUGGCGGCGGCCGGCGAACGCAGGGCGUUUGCGCACAAAAUUAACAGGACCGUGGCUGCUGAAGUCAGAAAGCAGGUGUCCCGGGAGUAUGGCUCCCCUCAGCUUUCCAAGAAACGUGCCGGGACCCUUCAGCAGGUGCCCCUGACAGAGGUGGUGGAACCCGUGGACUUUGAGGAGUAUGUGAGUAGCCACGCCCCCACCACUGAGCCUGGCCCCCUGCGGCAGCUGAUGGAGUUUCCUGCUGAUGACCUGGAGCUCCUGCUACAGGAGAGAGAGUGUAUUACACUGGAACCAGCACUGCCCGAGGAGGACACCCUGGACCCUAGAGUGAGGGAUGCCCUUGGUGUCUACACGGAUGACUGGCUCAUCAUUCGCAGAAAGUACCAGAACUUCAGUAUGUCCCACACUGCCCACACCCCUGAGCGGCUGAGGGAGAGGCAGCGCGGUCUUGUGAAGCAGACCUUCGAGCUGGACACCGUAGCAGUCGAUCGCCAUGACGACCAGGAUGACUCAAAGCGGCGUUCUGUCUCCAUGGAUGACACCCCUCGGGGCAGCUGGGCUUCCAGUAUCUUUGACUUGAAGAACUCCUCCCCAGACUCCCUGCUGCCAAUGGUGCUGGAGCGCACAAUGGCUGAGGACAUGGAUCGCUGCAAUGCUGAGGCUCGCCAGCAGGGGCGCCACCCUGAUCUCCUGGGACUGUUCCCAGCUCCUGAUGAGGAUGAAGCUGUAGAGCGAAGCACCAUCCCAGAGGUUCCCAGGGAGCAUUCUGGCCAGAGGAUCAUGGUCAAGUGCCUUUCCCUGAAGUUUGAGAUAGAAAUUGAACCCAUUUUUGGAAUUCUGGCUCUGUACGAUGCCAAGGAAAAGAAAAAGAUCUCAGAGAAUUUCCAUUUUGACCUCAACUCGGAACAGAUGAAAGGGCUUCUGCGACCACACACCCCCCACAUGGCUAUCUCCACCCUUGCGCGCUCUGCCAUCUUCUCCAUCACUUUCCCGUCCCCGGACAUCUUCCUGGUCAUUAAGCUGGAAAAGGUGCUGCAGCAGGGCGAUAUUGGGGAAUGCUGCGAGCCCUACAUGGUCAUGAAGGAGUCCGACUCUACCAAGAACAAGGAGAAGCUGGAGAAGCUGCGGUCUACAGCGGAGCAGUCGUGUGUUCGACUCGGCCGCUACCGCAUGCCCUUUGCCUGGACUGCUAUCCAUCUCCUCAACAUUGUCAGCAGUGUCGGCGGAUUGGACCGUGCUGACUCCGACUCGGACUCCGAGAGGAAGGGUACGUGGAACGAAAGGAAGAAGAAGACGUUCGAGCGCAUGAGUGUUGGCGAGGAGAUGUGCAACUUCACCAACUUCCGCCCCGCCACCUUGACUGUCACCAACUUCUUCAAACAGGAAGGGGACCGCCUAAGCGAUGAAGACCUGUACAAGUUCCUCGCCGACAUGCGCAGACCUUCGUCGCUCCUACGCAGACUGAGACCCGUCACAGCCCAGCUGAAGAUCGACAUCUCCCCGGCUCCGGAGAGCCCUCACUACUGCCUGUCACCGGAGCUGCUCCAUGUUAAGCCGUACCCGGAUCUGCGUGUGCGCCCCACCAAGGAGGUGCUCGAGUUUCCCACCCGCUACGUGUACACGCCCCACACCACCUACAGGAACCUGCUGUACGUCUACCCACAGUGUCUGAAUUUCAGCAGCCGCCAGGGCUCUGUGAGGAACAUUGCAGUUAAGGUGCAGUUUAUGGCAGGGGAAGACCCUAGCCAGGCGAUGCCGGUUAUCUUUGGGAAGUCUAGCUGUGCAGAGUUCUUCAAGGAGGCAUACACGCCGGUGGUCUACCACAACAAGUCCCCGGAGUUUUACGAGGAGGUGAAGAUGAAAAUUCCUGCCAACCUGACGGACAAUCACCAUCUGCUCUUCACCUUCUACCACAUCAGCUGUCAGCCUAAGCAGAACACGCCUCUGGAGACACCUGUAGGGUACACGUGGAUACCCUUAAUGCAACAUGGACGGCUGCGCACAGGUUCCUUCAGUCUUCCUGUUUCAGUGGAGAAACCCCCACCGAGCUACUCUGUCCUGACUCCUGACGUGCAGCUCCCAGGAAUGAAGUGGGUGGACAACCACAAAGGGGUGUUCAACGUCGAGGUGACAGCUGCAUCCUCAGUUCACACCCAGGACCCGCACCUUGACAAGUUCUUCACUUUGGUCUACGUGCUGGAGGAGUACUCCUUCCCCUUCCGCCUCAAGGACGUCAUCAUUACCGAGGCCAAUGUGGAGGCCGAGCUAAAGGCCAGCAUGGCCCACUUACGGGGAGCGCUGUUAGAUACCUGCGUGCGCUUCCUACACCAGCUGCUCAGCAAACUCAUCCUGCUGAUUGUGCAUCCACCAGUUAUUGCUGGUCAGAUUGUAAACCUGGGUCGGGCCGCCUUCGAGGCCAUGGCUCUUCUAGUGAACCAGAUUCACAAGAACCUGGAGGGGAACCAGGACCAGCAUGGACGCAACAACCUUCUCUCCUCCUACAUUCACUACUGCUUCCACCUGCCCACCAGCGAGCCAGCUCCUCCUCCCAACAUGGGCACACCCUCCUAUGAGCUGCCCAUCCAGUACGCCACGUUGUCGCGGGCAACUGGGCGGCCAAGCAGCUUGAACCUGUCCCGCUCCAAAAGCAUAAGCAACUCUAAUCCAGAUCUAGCAACCACACCUGCCUCCCCUGAUGAGGAGGUGCAGAGGAUCAUUGGGAACAAGGGAAUCGAUCGCUCUCACUCCUGGGUGAACUCUGCUUAUGCCCCCGGGGGCUCCAGGGCGGUGCUCCGCCGGAAUCCCACCUCCAGCUGUGAGCUGAAGCAGGCGUGUGAGCGCAGCACCAAUCGCAUGUCUGCCUUCUUCGAGAGCACCGCCUACUGCACUGGCCCUGCCCGGCAGGUCACUAGGAAGCUGCUCCAUGAAGAGCUGGCCCUGCAGUGGGUGGUGAGCACCAGCGCCGUGAGGGAAGCAGCCUUGCAGCAGGCCUGGUGGUUCUUCCAGCUUAUUGUGAAGAGCAUGGCGCAUCACCUGUUCCUGACCUCCCGCCUGGAUGUGCCCCGCCGCCAGCGCUUCCCAGACCGCUUUGUGGACGACAUUGCCGCCCUGGUGUGCGCCGUGAGCGCUGACAUCGCCAGCCGAUACCACAAGGAUGUGGAACUUGUGGAAAGGCUCAACUGCAGCCUGGCCUUCUUCCUCAAUGACUUGCUCACACUCAUGGACCGCGGAUUCGUAUUCAACCUCAUUCGCUCCUACUACAAGCAGAUCUCCAACAAGUUGCAGACCACCCCGAACCCGAGCGCCCUGACCGCCCUGCGCAUGGACUUCACCCGCAUCAUCUGCAGCCAUGAACACUACGUCACCCUGAACCUGCCUUGCUCCUCCGUGACCCCCCCAGCCUCCCCUUCACCAUCCACCUCCUCCACCACUUCCCAGAGCUCGGCUUUUUCGUGCCAGGCACCAGACCAGAGUGUGGCCAGCAUGUUUGAGCUCUCGGUGCCAUUCCGGCAGCAGCACUUCCUGUCUGGCCUUCUGCUCACUGAGCUCGCGCUCAUCCUGGAGCCUGACAGUGAUGGGGCCUUCUUCCUGCACAAGAAAGCGAUCAGCGCCGUGCAUGCCCUGCUCUGCAGCCAUGAUGCUGACUCGCGCUAUGCUGACUCUCACGUGCUCUCCCAUGUCGCCCAGCUCUACUUGCCUCUCAUACCCAUCGUCAUGGAGACACUGCCCCAGCUGCAUGACUUCACUGACACCUCGCUCUCCCGAGCGCGCCAUGCCUCCGCGCACAUUGUGGACGAUGGCGAUGCUGAUGCUGGAAGUACCAUCAGCCAAUCUGUCGCCAUGGCGAUUGCGGGAUCGCCGUUGCUUCACUCCAAGGCAAACCCUUUUGCUUUACCUGCCGUGGCGGGACGCUCCUGCGGCUCCCUCUCAGCUGAGAGCAGUCGCACCCUGCUGGUCUGUUUCCUGUGGGUGCUGAAGAAUGCCGACGCUGUCCUGCUGGAGCGUUGGGUCUCAGACCUCUCUGUGGUGCAGAUCAACCGCCUGCUGGACCUCCUGCACCUCUGCAUUUCCUGCUUUGAAUACAAGGGGAGGAAGGCCCUGGAGAGGAUCAACAGCCUAACAUUCAAGAAGUCCCAGGACAUGAAGGCACGCUUGGAGGAGGCCAUACUGGGCACAAUUGGGGCGAGGCAGGAGAUGGUGCGGCGUAGUAGAGAGAGAAGCCCCUAUGGAAGCCAGGAGAAUGUCCGAUGGAGAAAGAACGUGACGCACUGGAGACAGACGACGGACCGUGUGGACAAGUCGAAGGCGGAGAUGGAGCAGGAGUCCAUAGUCGAUGGGAACCUGGCUACAGAGACCUCCCUCAUCGUCCUGGAUACCCUAGAGAUCAUCGUGAAGACUGUCGUGGUGUCAGAGGUGAGGGAGAGUGUUCUAGGUGGAGUGCUCAGGGUUCUGCUGCACAGCAUGGGGGGAAACCAGAGCGCCUUCUUCCUACAGCACUGCUUCACCACGCAGAGAGCACUUGUCUUCAAGUUCCCGGAGAUGCUGUUUGAAGAAGACACAGAGCUGUGUGCUGACCUGUGUCUGCGUCUGUUGCGCCACUGCAGCAGCAGCGUGGGCUCCGUCCGCAGCCACGCCAGCGCAUCACUCUACUUGCUCAUGCGGCAGAACUUCGAGAUCGGCAAUAACUUUGCUCGCGUGAAGAUGCAGGUGACCAUGUCGCUGUCCUCUCUGGUCGGGACGUCGCAGAGCUUCAAUGAGGAACACCUGAGGCGCUCGCUGAAGACCAUCCUCACAUAUGCUGAGGAGGAUGUUGAACUGCGAGACUCACCCUUCCCUGAACAGGUACAGGAUCUCGUGUUCAAUUUGCACAUGAUCCUCACAGACACUGUGAAGAUGAAAGAACACCAGCAGGACCCGGAGAUGCUGCUCGAUCUCAUGUACAGGAUCGCCAAGGGAUACCAGAACUCACCUGACCUACGUCUCACAUGGCUCCAGAACAUGGCUGGAAAGCACUCAGAGCGGGGAAACCACGCAGAGGCAGCCCACUGCCUUGUGCACAGCGCUGCCCUGGUGGCAGAGUACCUCAACAUGCUGGAGGACACUCGCUACCUGCCAAUCGGCUGCGUUUCUUUCCAGAGCAUCUCGUCCAAUGUGCUGGAGGAGUCGGCCGUCUCGGAUGACGUCCUGUCCCCCGAGGAGGAGGGCAUCUGUGCAGGGAAGUACUUCACAGAGUCUGGCCUGGUGGGGCUUCUGGAGCAAGCGGCAUCCUCUUUCAACAUGGCAGGGAUGUAUGAAGCUAUCAACGAAGUCUACAAAAUCCUCAUCCCCAUCCACGAAGCCAACAGGGACUUCAAGAAACUGGCCGUCGUUCAUGGCAAACUUCAGGAAGCCUUCAACAAGGUCUAUAACCAGAGCUCUGGAUGGGAGAGAAUGUUUGGCACCUACUUCCGCGUGGGCUUUUACGGCUGUCGUUUCGGCGACCUGGAUGAGCAGGAGUUUGUGUACAAAGAGCCGUCCAUCACCAAGUUGGCUGAGAUCUCUCAUCGUCUCGAGGAAUUCUACUCUGAACGCUUUGGAGAUGAUGUGGUGGAAAUCAUCAAGGACUCCAAUCCUGUGGACAGAACCAAGCUGGACCCAAACAAGGCUUACCUCCAGAUCACCUAUGUGGAACCCUACUUCGACACUUAUGAGCUGAAGGAACGCAUAACUUACUUUGACAAGAACUACAACCUGCGCACGUUCAUGUACUGUACGCCGUUUACACUGGACGGGCGGGCCCAUGGUGACCUACACGAGCAGUACAAGCGCAAGACCAUUCUAACAACCUCGCAUGCUUUCCCCUACAUCAAGACCCGCAUCAAUGUCAACCACAAGGAAGAGAUCAUCCUGGUGCCCAUAGAGGUGGCCAUCGAGGACAUGCAGAAGAAGACCCAGGAGCUGGCCUUCGCCACACACCAGGACCCCGCGGAUGCCAAAAUGCUGCAGAUGGUGCUCCAGGGCUGCGUGGGGACCACUGUGAACCAGGGUCCCCUGGAGGUGGCGCAGGUCUUCCUUUCUGACAUCCCAGAUGACCCAAAGCUCUUCCGACACCACAACAAGCUCCGCCUGUGCUUCAAAGAUUUCACCAAGAGGUGUGAGGACGCCCUGCGCAAGAACAAAGCCCUCAUUGGGCCCGACCAGAAGGAGUAUCACCGCGAGCUGGAGAGGAACUACACCAAGCUGAAGGAGGCCUUGUGUCCUCUCAUCAACCGCAAGAUCCCGCAGCUAUACCGGACCCUGCCGCCCAGCGCAUCCCAUGCACAGCGGAACUCCCUGGGCAGAUCUAGCCUCCGCAGAGUGGACUGCUGAAGCAGGGAAGGUUCUGGCAAACCGAGAGAGGAGACGCACCCCUCAACCACAUUGAGUCCCAAUUGCUCCUACUCUCAGUCCCCAAGUGAUUAAGCUUAUGUCUUGUUCUAUUUUGCACCGUAACCUGGUUGUGGUUUCGGUUUCCUGUUCACUGAAAUGAACUCUGCCACAAGACUACUCUGGGGAUGAUUAUUGUAUCCUGUGGUCACGCUGACAUGGUUCUGAGCACCAGCUGAAAUAUCAAUGUAGUUUCCAUUACUUUAUCAUUUUAGUUGAUCUACCAUAAGACUGUUUUGGCAGAAUAUAGCUGUUUUCAUGAACUGCUUGUAUUUUUUAAAAUGGAGAAGGAACACUCCUGCCCUGACUGCUGCACACCUCUUUGUGUGUACGUACAUUGUCAAAAGCUGGUGCUCCAGUUGUAAACUGGCAUCUUCUCUUUGGACCAAAUUGCUUAUCAGGUCUAGUUACUCUGUGUGUUUUGUAUGGGCCUUAGUUCCUGUGGUAAAUUCUAUACUUAUGUUGUACCUGCAGUUUCCUGUGACCCUUGUUGUUUAUGCAGCACAAGUGGGGCUCAGGUGUCCUCUGCUGGGUUAGUAGCACGGACAAGGCAACACAGCGUUGGCAUCUCCCUGCUGUAUCUCUACUGCUGUGACAUGACCAGGUCACUCCUGUAACUGAAUGUCUGACUACUGUAUUACUGCACAUUUUUUUAAAGAAAUUAAGUUAUGCUGGAUUUUUUUUUUUUUUUUUUUACUGCUUUACAUUAAAUAUUUUUUUCUUAUUGCCUUCAGAAACGGACCUUUUGAGAACACACUGUACAAAUGUUAGAGAAUAGGCAACUGUGUGGUGGCAAUAGUAAUUUUUUAUAUGUACUGAAAUAAAUAUACAAUGCUAUUCAGGCAGAAAGACUCGCUCAUACACCAGUGUUUCUCUGUUGAUUAACUGAAAAGUGUACAUAUGUAAAUUAGAUGCCUGUAUUCUUUAGACACUACCUUC